CUCUGAGCUCGUUGACUUCAUGAACUUCAUUGGAUUGCUGAUUCACAAGCUUCAGGGCGAGCUUUUUAAUGUUCUGGACGAGCUCAUUGGACCUCUAAGCGCUCACAUCACCCACUCUCUCAACCAGCCCGUUACAGGUGCUGACGACAGCGUCGAACAUGCAGAAACCAAGCGUGCUUAUCUGACGUUGUUGACCAACGUCAUGUCCUCCGAUCUUCACGACAUCUUUAUCUCUGAUAUCAGGCGUAACAAAUAA